GCCGAUGUCAACAACCAAGGAAGAAAAGCCGUGCGCACGCGUGGCCUCUGUGAACGCCGCGUGCAUGCAACAGGCGUCGUCAACGAGAUGUCCCGAGCAAUGUCUACAGGUCACGGGCGUGAGACAGCCACACCUGCCCCCGAGUUUGUGUCUCCGCGUUUUGGGCAACCUUGUGAUCAGUUGCACGCGCUAUCGUGCAGAGAGGUAACAUUGCCCCAAGACGUUGACUGUUAUGUUUUUUUGUCCAUUUUAAGGCCACAGUUGUUUCUUGGCGAAUGUGUUGAGUUUGUUUGUAUUUGCACACCACUACCAACGCAGUACAAUCAAAUAAUCGGUUUAUUCUUAAAUACAGUUUGGAAGUUUUUUUUUCCCCCUUCCUAGAGUCAGUCCCUAGCGGCAACACAACUUUGUAUGUAUGUCGAACCUCCUUCGCAUCGUACGUUUGCCGACCGUGCCAAUCGGAGGUGCCGCAACUUUACAAUAAAGUCCCGUUCGUAUUGUUAGGACUGACAGACCGGACAAAGCUAUUGCAUUAACCCCUUUCAGUCCCGAGCUACUGCGUGGGCAUCGGUGCUGCCCAAGCGAAAUUAACAAAGCGACUUAACACGCGCGCCAACGGCCAACAUUGGCUGGAAAUUGUCAACAGUAAUAACGAAAAAAAAUAAGUCGAAAACACGAAUAGGCGUAGGAUUGUCGGGACCUGUACCGGUUUUUUUUUAAUGAAAUCUUGAAUUGUCACGCGAGACGAGUCUGUGUAGAACAUUUCAGCUCGUUAGGCUUCGUAGAUCCGAGGAUAUUAAACGUCAAAGAUUUGAAAGCAUAUUCACAGACAACAAGGCAAGUUCAAUAAAAAAAUAUUGUAAUAAAAAAGGGCUGCCGGUGACAGACAGAGAUGGUAGGUGGGGGGGGGCACACCAAAGGAUUGGCCAAGACAGUGGAAGAGGAGUGUGGGGGUGGGUAGUGAGAGAGAGAACCCAGCCACCACACGUUACUUUAUUUACCCCGCACACACACACGGCACGAGAUCCCCAGCUCGUGGACACUCGGAGAGUGCGCGUGCUGGCGUCCGCCCUCGCUGCAGGCAGGAGGAAGCAGGGAGAGACGGAGCCAUUGAAUGGGAAACUCUUCGCACGAGAAUUCAUCUUCGACGGAAAGCAGCAGCAGUUGAUUGGCUCAGUCUCUUUGGAGGAGCUGAGUUCAAACACGGGCGAGGUGACCUCCUCGGUGCGCGUGUGGAGAGGUGCGCGAUUGGGGUGGAGGGGGGGGGUGAUCGUUCCUUCAUCCGCCGACUUGAAACGACUCCGUAGAGAGCGAGCGACGCUGGUUAACUCAAGAGUGGUCGUCUUGCAGCAACUGACGUUUUGGCGCUUUGAACGGGGACACCCUGUGCUUUGUUUGCACAGACGCUGAAGACGCUCUCCUGCAGCUGCGGCCUCCUUCACGAUGGCCACCUGCAAGGAAGUGAGCUGCGUCAUCCCGCCCGACUUCGGCACGGUGAUGUUCCCCGUCAUCUACUCCAUCGUCUUCAUCGUCGGCAUCAUGGGCAACGUUGUGGCCGCCCUCCUGGUGCGCCUCUACGUCAAGCAGAAGAACGUGCUGGGCGUCUACCUCCUCAACCUGUGCAUCUCCGACGUGCUCUACCUCGCGACGCUGCCCGUGUGGAUCGCGUACACCUCCAACGAGGAGUCGUGGACGUACGGCGAGGGGGCCUGCAAGGCGGUGGGGUUCUUCUUCUACACCAACAACUACAGCACCAUCAUCUUCCUGUCGUGCAUCGCCCUCGACCGAUUCCUCGCCGUCGUCCACCCGCUGCGCUCGCUCGGGCUGCGGCGGAUGCGCACCGCGUGGGGCGCCUGCGCCGUCGUCUGGGUCCUCAUGCUCGUCACCAACUUGCCCCUGCUGUUGCACCCUCAGCUCUUCAAGGACAGCCACAGCCGCUCGCUCUGCUACGAGCGUUACCCGAUGGAGCACUGGGUAGCGCAGCUCUCCUACUUCCGUGUGUUCGUCGCCUUCCUGCUGCCCUUCAUCAUCACCGUCAUCUGCUACGGCUACAUCAUCCGCACGGUGCACCGCUGCGCCUCCGUCGAGCGCCGGCGCAAGCGCAAGAUCAUCUGCCUCGUGGUCGUCAUCAUCACCAUCUUCGUGGUCUCCUUCCUGCCGUACCACGUGCUGCUGCUGGUGCGUGCCAUCGCCAGCGAUGUGACGGAGGGCUGCAGCUGCGAUUUCGAGAUCAAGGUGCGCAAGGCGUAUCGCGUCGCCUUCGCGCUCACCUGCCUAAACAGCGCGCUCGACCCCUUCCUCAACAUCUUCGUGUCGGAGAACUUCCGCGAGGACCUGCGCAAGGCCAUGGCCCCGCUGCGGGCCUGCCUGCGCGCCGCCACCCGCGGCAGGUGGCCGCAGGAGCCCCUGCGGCGACAGUCGGCCACCACGGGUACUGGCACCGUGCGCAACUCGAGGGUUCCACUGUUCAAGACGUCCCUGAACCAGGGCUCCGCCACCACGACGGUGCUGUAGCGUCGGCGCCGUAGCGGCGGUGCAGUGGUAGCGGCCAGGCAGGUUGCGCGGACGUUGCGCGAACGUCGACGGGUAAACGUCACGAUCGUUUCCGCUUCCAAAGCGCACGGCGGCUAGGUGCGGGAAGCCAUCGGCAGGUUGCCGCACGGGCCGAUCGCAAACAGUAUGGCACGCAACGCCGACUAGUUAAUCAGUGCCAACACGAAAUAUAAAACUAGUUUUUUUUACAAAGCAGGAGAGAACACCACUACCACGUGACCACAUGACCCCCCCCCCCACACACAAAUUGUUUUUGUGCAGUGGUGAAUGGGGGGGGGAGGAGGAGGCCGGGAGUGACAAGCCAUGUGCUCGUGUCCUCCUUCGAUAUUCUUCCUUCACGCGUGACAACCCCCCCCCCUCCCACCACCACAAUAAAUUUGAAUUCAUCCCCGCACACCGCUGCUUCUCUGCGAGCGUUCCGAAUCGUCGGAUCUCGCGCCGCGUGACGCCGGUAAUCGCGAUCCGGAUGAACGUGUGAAGAGAUUAAUCUUUUUUAAUGAUGUUAUCUCCGUGCACCGCUUACGGAGAGGCGUCAACAUCUUACAACGUUCGCGAUAAAACUCUCUCAUCCUGGGCCGAUGUGAACCACUUUGCUCGCGUUCUUACUGUGUUCAGCAUUUUGUACAUAUAUCUUUUUACUCUUUAACUUGUCGAUUGAGCUAAUCAUAUUACUACGUUCUUGACCAAAACUGAGAGUUAGCCCAUCAAGGGCUGGAGCGAGUAUCGGCACCGCCUAAAGUAGCUCAUCCACCGUUCAUAAGCACCCGUAUAUAUAUUUUUUUGUAAAUGAAAGAGCGCAUCACCUGAUAGCUACGCCCUUUAUAAGUGGUUGUCACGGACUUCACUGCGUAUUGGUCCCCACGUGAAAGGAAAUUGGAAGGAGCGAUGUCAUUGCGAUAUAUGAUAAUAGGUUUUUCCCCUUUUUUCCGGCAACAAAACAGUUGUGUUAAGAUGUUAAAACACCAAACUGAAAUCUUUCACGAGGAAUCAUGUCUGCAUUAACCGCAAUGCUUGUGGUCAGAAUGCAAACAACAACAACAACAAAAUACUCUGAUAAUAUAUGCAUUGUCCUUGCAUAUAUUAUCAGAGUAUGUUUUUUGUUUGUUUGCAUAAUUGUCGCCCGCUGGGGAAGACGAAGGCGGUCCCUGCAGGUCCGUCGGCACGUGACUUGCGUACGAAUCCCACCUGGGGCGAUUGUCGCUCUCGUCGCUGCGGCCAGGGGCGGAGCCAGGAUUUCAGACCGGGGUGACAUUCAACAAUUUUUUUAAUUUCAAGAAUGAUUUAGAGAGAGUCAGGCUGUUGAACUA